UAUAUACUAUGUACUCUAUGGACGUACCAUGUAUAAGAACAUAAAAUAUUCAAGUAUACACACAAGAAAAAGAACGUUCAGGCUCUAAUUAACUUUAAAUUGACACCAGAGUACUCUGUGUAUUUGUGAGUGUGAACAGGAAGUGGAUGAUGAAUUGCAUGAUGGUAUAUAGAUAGAUUCCUAUAAAUUAAGUAAGACAAUGAGAAAACAUUUGAUAUACAACUCUUCUGGCAUUCAAAGUGCCCUAUUAUUUUAAUCUCUAUCAAUAAAGACUACUCUCUUUUCCAUUUCCACUUUAUUGAAAAAGCCGGUAAUCAUUCCCAUCCCCAUGCCUCUCCUUCUCCAGCUAUUAUAGUCUCACCAUAUAUCUUUUCCCUCACUCACUUUCCCCUCUUCCAUCUACCUAUCUUCUCUAUCUAUAUAUAUUAAGAGACUAAUAUUGUGAGAACAGUGUCAGCAGCUGUCCGGUAAAUAUUAAAGUUGAGUUCGAAAUGGGUAGAGCACCUUGCUGUGAUAAAGCCAAUGUUAAGAGAGGACCAUGGUCACCUGAAGAAGAUUCCAAACUCAAGGCCUAUAUUGAGCAACAUGGCACGGGUGGUAACUGGAUUACCCUUCCACAGAAAGUCGGUCUCAAGAGAUGUGGCAAGAGUUGUCGGCUUAGAUGGCUGAAUUAUCUCCGGCCAAACAUCAAGCACGGAGAGUUCACCGAUGAGGAAGACAACAUAAUCUGCACUCUCUACAUGAGUAUUGGCAGUAGGUGGUCAAUUAUUGCUGCACAAUUACCUGGGCGAACGGAUAAUGAUAUCAAGAACUACUGGAAUACAAGGCUGAAGAAAAAGCUACUAUUAUGCAAUAAGCAGCGAAAGGAUCAUCGGCCGCGGACCGGAUACAAUCACAAUAAGGUAGAUAUGAUGAAGGAACAGGAGGAUUUCUUUGCUACUCAUCAAACCACCAACAAUGCAUAUUCUUGGUCUCCGCAACAAAUACUCUUCUCUACACUAAUUGCACCACAAAAUCAUGACCUGGCAGAAUGCAGUGCAAAUAGCCACAACUUUCAAUACUCCAGCACUGAUCAAGCUUAUUUCUCCCAAGAUCAAUUGUGUCAAAUUAGCUCCACCAAUCAUCUUGCAUCGAUGAAUCCGGUAGAUGGCGCUACCUGUAAUUCCUCAAUGAUGGUAAGCAGUGGCGCCUAUUACCCGAGCAACGGGGUUUGCAACAACGGUCUGCAAGAGUAUAACAAUUACAUUUCCGUUGGGCUGGAUCAUGACGUGCUCAACAGUACUAGUACUGCUCAUUCUCAGCAAGUAGAUAAAAGUGUAUUGGAAAUGGUCAAUAGUAGCACUAUUAGUACCACAUCACAAGAUCAAAGUACAAGCUGGGAAGAAUUGAGCCCUCUUGUUAAUUAUCCUGCAUCAGUAUUCGAAACCGUAUCACCUUAUUAUGUAUUUGAAGAGCCAAGGUACCUGGGGUUGUUGAAACAGUAAAACAUUAUUUUUAGCCACAUAUAUAUUACUAUGUAACUUUACGAGUUUCAGUCGACUUUUCAGUGUGCCUAUUCACUGAAACUUAGAGAUAUGUUUGGUUACUUUGUACUAUCAUUUUCACAUAUCUUUAUUACUACUACAGUAUAAAAUUCUUUGUA